GAGCUUAAGUAAGCUCCUCCAGGACCUUUUCUGCCACAACACAACUCCCCGCUUCUCCUCCAAUCACCCCUGGACACCUACCACUGAGGAAGAGCUUCAGGAGACUACCGGGAGAGUCAGAUUCCUGCCCCUGGAAUACCAACAUAUGUGCAUCCUUUUACACGUUUCAUCCUUAAUUUCAAAUCCACCUACUCUGAUUACAAGGGGGGGGGGGACGUUUGCUAGCAUCUCUGGCCUCUUGGAAUCGAUCAUGUGGGAACUGUUCUAGUUUUGAGCCUGCGUUCCUUCAGCUGUCUCGGCCCUUCUGGUGUGUUUCUAUUGAACACUUUCAGGAACUAACACAUACAUCUAGUACUCUGCUGCAGGGAUACAUUGGUACAUUGUAACCUAACAACAAGCCCUAUCAAAAGAGGUAAAGAGGAGCGGCCCAUCUUGGAGUGUGCCCACUGGGCACAGAUGCAAUUCAAUGUCUUUUCCACGUUGGUUCAACCUAAUUUCAUUGGAAUGACGUGGAAGCAACAUUAAUUCAACGAGUGUGUGCCCAGUGGGUGGUGUGUUAGAGCUAGUGGAAGAUACACCUGUGGACUUAUAAGAGGCUCUGCAGAAGAAGACCUGAUCCUUCCUGAACUAUAAAAACACAGGGUCUCUCUGAAGAGAUAUCUGUCCAUCUUUUCUCUCUGGGUGGAGAAACCCCUUCCUGCACUCCGCCAGCGUCACACCUCCGGGCCUCUUAACGAUUGCUCUACAUCUCCCCAUAUCUGUCUAUCUUUCUUUUUCACCUGUCUACUUCACUUUGCCCUCUCUCAAUUUCUCUCCUCCUCCCCAUUCAUUCUCUUUUUCUCCUUUUCCACAACACCCAUUUCUGUCACAUGCUCUCUCUGUUUUCAUAAUUAACGAUGCUUCUGUACCAAUUAGACAUUCAGUCGGUGCGACCCGAACCCUGAGAGCCCCAGUGGAAGCAGGGACCUUUGGUGUACUGCUGGUGUGUGGAUCGUGCUGUCCUAGACCUCCAUGCCCCAGUACCCCCUGUCAUUGGCCUUGGCUGUGAAUGUCACGGCGCCGGCUGCCCACGGCUGAAUCGUCCACAGGGUCACAGGGCUGGCUCUUUUAUUUUCCACAAGGGAACAAAAGUUACUCCUCAGCCCCAGUUGGGCCCUGACAGCUGCCUUCUGGAAUUUAGUGUUUUGGUCUAAUUAGAAACUUUGUCUGACCUCAAGAGCUUAUUCCUAUUAUACUUGGAGGGAGUUUUCAUUUGAAGCCUUUGUUCGGUUUUGGUUUUUACCCUCUUCACCAGAUUCAAAUAACAGCUGAAGCCCAGGAUAAUUGCCUUUGGCUGAGAAUGUGAAUGCAGGUUCCUUCCAAGUCAUUGCAGUGGAUUAUCAUGAAUUAUCAUUACCGUGAAGGUCACACCCUGUAGGUUUUUCUCCUUCGUUGUUUGAUCCAGCUCCAUCUUCCACUUGACGCUAACACUUCACAGGGAUUGUGCAUAAAGCCGGGCACACCUUUUGCGUGUGUUCGCUAUAGGAAGCCUUAAAAAAAAACUUGUUUUAGUGUAUUCCUCUCUAGAGAGCAGCGCACAGCUCCACAACAAUCAACUGCGGUGAUUUUUUAACCAAAAUAAAGGCCCUUGAAUGGAGUAAAAUGAGAAAUAAAGGGCAGAUGGCAACCUUGCUUUAAAACAUCAACGAAUUCAUUAAUACAACAUUGGGUGGUAGAGGAAUUUGGCAAAGUGCUGAAGUAGCCCCCCCCCCUCUCUCUCUUUCUCUGUCACGUUCCCUCUCUCACUAGAGACAGGGGAUCAGGUAGCAGAGCAGAAAGACCGGAGGUUGAUCCACAGUGCCCCUGCUUCUCUGUUUGUUGUGUUUUUGUUUGUCCCCCCACCCGUCCGUGCAUGUAAUGACCCAUCACCUUCGUCAGCCUCAGGAGAGAUGCCUAUACUCGAGAUGGCAGUGAGCCUAGUCAAGUCCCUGUACUGGGAGGUGUUCCCCCCCAUGUCCACGUGUAGGGUCUACUGCACCCCUGUGUUCCAUGACGGCCUGCUCUAUGUGCUCGGGGGCUGCAGUGAGACAGGCCUGCCUCUAGACACUGCCGAGGUGCUGGACAUAGAGAGCCAGACAUGGACCCAGUUACCUCCACUCCCUACAGCCCGUGCGGGGGCAUCAGCGGUGGCCCUGGGGGGUCAGGUGAUGGUAAUGGGGGGCAUGGAUGGCCAGCAGAGCCCCCUGUCCUCCGUGGAGGUCUACAACCCUGACGAGGGCAAGUGGGAGAGGAAGGCCAGCCUAGGACAACCCUCCAUGGGCAUCACCUCAUUAGAGAAAGAUGGGAAGGUAUAUGCGCUUGGAGGGAUGGCAGCUGACACGACGCCCCAGGCUCUGGUGAGGGUUUAUGAGCCGGAGAAGGACCAAUGGCAGCCCCUGACCUCUAUGCCCACGCCCCGCUAUGGAGCCGCCUCCUUCCUGAGAGGCAACAAGAUCUACGUGCUGGGUAUCUGGAUCAAACCAAGCCGAACCUCCAGGAUGAGGGUUAAGAGAGCAGACUUUGUGGCCGGAUGUCUCGGUGGAAGGGUCAUCGUUGCUGGUGGACUAGGUAACCAGCCGUCGCCCCUAUCGUCGGUUGAGAGCUACAAUCCUGUGAAGCGGAGUUGGGAGUACGCUGCCCCCAUGCCCAGUCCCCGAUGCUCCUGUUCACCCCUGCAGACCCCCAACAUGCUGUUUCUCAUCGGGGGCGUGGCCCAGGGACCCAGCAACGCCGUGGAGGCUCUUUGUCUCAGAGAGACUGUGUGACACGCACAAAGAGACAGACGAAGGACUCAAUGCAAGCAAAUUCAAUGUGUGCAGGUGAUGGACACUCAUACAGACUUUGUUUUUGCCUUUGAACCUUGCAGUUGGUGGGCAGGAUCAAGGACAGUAACCCUGACACCUGUUUCUUUCAAUGGAGAAACAAAUACUUUUCUACAUCUUAGAGGCAUAAGAGGAGUCAAAUAAAUAAGCAAAAAACAACACCACAGACGCAUACACACACUACACAAAAGACGCCUUUGAACAGUACAGCAUUUUUCUGGAAAAAAGCAGGGUACUUUUCUGGAAACUAAAGGAACUACGGGCCAUAUCCGUUUCACUACAACAGUCAGGCUGCAUUGGCUUGUUAAAACACUUUUCUAUCACCUUAAAGUAGAGAGUUUAGGAUAUAACAUUGGGGUAUUUGUCUGUGUUUUGGUACCUUCACAGCCAGGUGUGUGUGAAUAUAGCACAGCUAUACACAUGAUGUUCAAAUCCCACACACCAUGAAUACCACCUCUAGAAUGGCCAGGUCAAUCCCUGCACUGUAGCAUCCAGAGACAAGAGUGCUUUGGCACUAAGCAACAUUUCCCUUUUUAAGAGAAAAAUAUACGUAUAUAUUUUACCUCGAGCUUUGCAAUGAACGACAGAUGAAAGGCAAAGGAACUGAAGGCAGGACAAAGUGCAUGCUCAGAAAGUGUGUUUAUUUCAGAUAAUCCUUCGGUGGCGGCUUAAAGAGAGAGCGAAAGAGAGGGAAAUUGGGAAGUGUGUUUUUAAAUAGAAAAUCGUAAAUGGAAACUUCACCGCUAGACAAUAUUUGGGAACUGGAAAAACUCCCCUGCAUAAUUAUGAGUGAUGAGCGGUGUUUCAGACAUAAUUAUGAGUGAUGAGGUGUUUCAGACAUAAUUAUGAUUGAUGAGGUGUUUCAGACAUAAUUAUGAGUGAGUUGUUUCAGACAUAAUUAUGAGUGAUGAGUUGUUUCAGACAUAAUUAUGAGUGAUGAGUUGUUUCAGACAUAAUUAUGAGUGAUGAGGUGUUUCAGACAUAAUUAUGAGUGAUGAGGUGUUUCAGACACAAUUAUGAGUGAUGAGAGGUGUUUCAGACAAUUAUGAGUGAUGAGAGGUGUUUCAGACAAUUAUGAGUGAUGAGAGGUGUUUCAGACAUAAUUAUGAGUGAUGAGGUGUUUCAGACAUAAUUAUGAGUGAUGAGAGGUGUUUCAGACAUAAUUAUGAGUGAUGAGCUGUUUCAGACAUAAUUAUGCACCAUAGCAGUAUUUUGUUUUAUUUUUACGCCGGGAGAGUUCAACCAAUGACAUUAUUGUUUGAUUGAGCCUACUGUCUGAUCUAAAAAUGAACGGAGUCAUGUUUUGUAGCAAUUAUUGUGGCCUUUGUGUUUUGCUAAUUACACAUACAUGCUAGCAGCGAGUAGAUAUGGUUGGCCUUGUUCAAUAGAGCCAUUGGACUGGUCUCAACAAUGUUCCUAUCUGCCACGACAUUGCAGGAUACCUAGGAUGACUAAUUUUCCCUGGCUUUGUAAAGACUACAGCCUGACAGGAGCCCUACUUUGCUUUUCAAAAUGGCACCGGUACUAGUUUCUACACGUUAAUGGGAGCUAUGUUACCAUGCACUGUCUAUCCAAGAUGGCUAAAUAAUUACAAUGGCUGCUUCUGAAAAUUCCACUUUCCAAGAAGAGCUUGACGACACAAGUUUUUUGACGUUCUUUUACAUACUAACACAGGGACAUACUGCCCUAUUCAUUUGAGCCGGAAUACACUGAAGUCGAGUUGAGACAGCGAGAACAAGAAUUGCGAGACCAGCAAGCAACGAUGGGGAGCCACGGUCAGACUCCGACUGGUGGCACCUAUGCGGGUGCUGUCCAGCCAUGCCAGCAGAAGAGGAACGUCUGUGCUGCAACAAAUUCUCUUGCUGGAGGAGGUCACUGCAGAGUCCAUGGAUCAUGUGUAUGUGACAGACCAUUGAAGGUUCGACUCACAUGGAUUUUGGUGUGUCUGAGACGUUCUUCAGAAACUUCAAGAUCAACUGGCAGAGGCAGCCUAGACCAGCUGGACCAGGAGGGCAAAUGACAAACAAGUAAGUUAUUUUGCUGUUGGUAGCUAGCUAAGUUCUCUUUUCACAUGAGGCAGUAUUUUUCAGUACAGUAUAAUUUUGUGAUCGUUGUCCCGCACAGUAUAGUUUUGUGAUCGAUUCGGCCAUAACAGGGCUUGCUAAUACCACAAGCCAAGUUAAGCUAACUCGCUCUGUUUGCUAUACCCAAAAUGUACUGUAGCCUAAUGUAGCUAGCUACAUAGCUAACGUUCGCUAGUUAGCCUAGCUAGCCUCAGUAGCUAGCUAGCUAAUGUGCGCCUGUGAGAUGGGAAAUAUUCUGCAUCGUGCUGCUUCAGUAGGAAUACAGACAGUACACAACAAUUGCCCAUGAAAGUCUAAUAGCGUUUUUGUCAUUCUCUUACAGACAAUACCUCUUGGUGGCCUACAGAUUAUUCUGGGAGUUUGUUCUACAUGGGAGAAGCUAGGCAGAGGGCACUGAAUCCCCUUGCCUGCAUGUGUUGUUGGAGCCAUAUUAGCAAUUUAUCCCUCACACAGCGGACAGUAUGUUAGAUACACUCUCCUCUUGAGUCAGCAACUUAUUUGUAAGGUCCAUAACAACAAUCUCCCCUUGUAUCAAAGUGAACACCUCACUGCACCUCCCAAACAGGCCAUAUGCAAGUAUUCCCAUUGUAGAACUGUAGUAUUUAUUAUAGGUGUUAGUAGUAUAUUUUUCGUCUACUGUAUAAAUGUCAUACAGUACAUUGCCAUAACUGUUCCUGCAUACUGCUGUGUAAACUCACCUUGGU